GUUGUCCAGACCAGCAUUUUCAGACAGGCCUCUGGUAUGAGGCACCCCAUCUCAAUUACCUUUAAACAACACUGAUUUGGCUUUUUGGGAAUCCUGCACAAGUCAUUCUCUCUCCAAGCAAGAGUAAAGCACCAGUCAAUAAAAACAUUUAUUGAUUCAGAACCAACUUUUACAGUGGGAUUGUUUGCAUGUUCUCAUCUGAAGUAAUGGUACAACCAUGAAGAACAAUCUAAGGUGGUUUUGCUCCAUACCCUCACUGAGUGCUUUCCCUUUUCCACCCCAGGAAAGUGCAUUCCCUGCCAUACAUGCACUGUUUAAUCAGUGAAUCAUCUGCCUUCCUUCACAGAUGCCCUCAGAACAUGUCUGAUUGGACAAGUCUGUGGUAUGUCUGGCUGAUCUUGCUGCUGGUGUUCCUGCUCCUGCUCUGCGGGGUCUCAGUGAGCUGUGUCAGGUUCUGCUGCAGGAAGAAAAGGAUCCCAGUGGAGCCCUUCCCUCGGCACCCCUGCGACCUGGCCGUGAUUGGCAUUGACAGUGACAGCACUGCCCACAGCACAGUCACCUCAUACAGCUCAUGGCAGUACCCCCCAAGUGUCCAGAUUCCCUUGGUAUUUGUGGAUAUGGAUAAGAACACUGUGUCCCCUCCAGCUUACAGCCUCUAUGCCAUGGACCUGCCACCUUCCUAUGAUGAAGCUGUUCAAAUGGGAAAGCAAGUGGCACGGACAAACCAGAAACUUGAUGACAUCCCUGAACAGGUGACACCACGUGGGCUGAACUCCAGCCAGUCCCCACCUGACACAAUCAGCAGAGAUCCAGCAACACAGGCAAAUUCAGAAGAUUCAGAAGAUGCCACGAAAGAACAGCCACAAGUCUGACUCAGUUCAGAAGGGGAGAAAAGCAAGGGAAGGACUGUAAGAGUUAAAGAAGACAUGAAGAGUUUGGGUUUCUAAGUAGGUUAUGAUGGAAAGAUAUUUCUUCUCAUGCCCUUGUAAUGAUCUGUCAGAAGAAAUGUUUUCUGUGACUGCUGUAAUCCCCUGGUAAAGCUUCUUCAAGGAUAUGAAAUGAGGUAAAAGGGCAGCAGUUUAAAAGUGGGACAUGAAUGAGUGUUCAUCCUCUGGUAAAAAAGUUGUUCCUUGUGUCCAGCAAUAAAAAAGGUUAGGA